AUGCUUCUUAGUAAAUGUCUCUACUUGUAUCACUCUGAAUUUGAUGGCAAACCGCUGCUCUGUGCUCUGUCAUUCCCAAAGGAGCCCAAACGCUUCCACGUCUUUUGCGAGGACCGCGUGGCUGCUCAUACUGUGACCGAUGGCUCGGUGACAAACUGCGUUGGACCGAUGCCGGUACGCCAGUAUGACUUGUUUAGUCCUAUUACCUGGUACCUGAAUUGGGGGCGGCGGCGGUACGAUUCCGUGAUUUGCAUUGAUUUCAAGGAAGAACCACCUCUGCUGGCUGGAAUCGCUAUGCACAGUUCAGAGCCCUGUGAGGAGGAUUGGAUCAUUGAGUAUAGUGAUGAUGGGGUGGAGUGGAAAACGGUUGGUCAUCACCUGCAAUCCUCUGCACUCAGCCGCACAAUGUGGGGAAUGGCGAGUGUGGCAGAUGUCUCUCAUCGACUCUGGCGCUUAACAACAGAGGCGCGUCCAGGUCGGGGUGUGGAGCAUCAACUGGUACUCUAUAUGGCAAUAGAGUUCUUCACGUUGCCGUGCUCACCAUACUUGCGGUCGGCGCAAAAAAUUGCCCUCUCUGGGACGUUAAAUAGACCCGUCUCCGCCUUAUUUGUGGAGGCGAAAACAACCGUGGCGUUUGAGUCCGCAAAGGAGUCCACGAGGGAGCGUAACGCAGCAGCACACCACAUGACUCUGGAUUACGGCGAGUUGGACUCGCCGAAUUUGAUGGCGUUUGCCUGCCGAUGUGCGGGCGGCCUAGUAACUGUCAUCUGGAGCGUCUGGUGCAGUGACGAUGGGGACAACUGGGAGAAAUGUGGGGUGUGGCGCAGUCGCUUUUGUCAAUUUAAGGCCUUAUGGAAGCCGCGUGGUCCUCGACGGUACUGGCGCAUCGAACUGCAAACAUGGGAGCCCAAUGUGUUGUUCGAGAGCCUUUGCCUUUUUGAGUACCUUGGUCCCUCCCUUGCGCUGGAAAAUUCAACACCGGCCGGAUAUGGGUGGGAUUCAUCGCUGCUGUGGGAGAAGAACUCCGCUGGAUGCAAAGUUUCGCCCAUGAUCUUCUCAGCGAAUGUCGGGACGGCGGUGGUGUUUGAGAGCAAACAAGGUCCUCUCCACAUCGUCGGGGUGCGCCUGGUCAGCCACAGAAAGCAGAGCACAUCCACCAAAUUUGUCGUUGAGUGCAGUUCAAACACCAUGGAGUGGCGAACACUCAAUGUUUCAUUGCUGCUACGCAAUGGCUCAGCGCAGGCUGCAUGGGACUGUGGCGAUUACUAUCGCUUCUGGCGUCUUCGCAUUGUGCAGCACACGGGACCAGCCUUCCUUAUGUUGCGCGACAUCUGCUUUGAAACUUCCAAGCCGACGCUGUAUCGUGUCGUGGAGUCCUCCAACAAGGUGAAUGGAGAAUACGGCAGUUCUGAAUUAUACCUUGGGGGUGAACUUAAAGAAAUGGUUGCGCUACAAACUGUUUUGCCGCCCAACUCCAAAUACGUAGUGGAGAAACUCUCGCUUGAUGGUGCCAGCUGGGAGGAAGUUGUGAGCAUCCAAAACGUUGACAAGACACAUUCACAGACGGUGCGUCAGGGAUGGGUGCCACGGGGAUGUUCUUCCAAUUGGCGUUUGCGGCCCGCAGGGGGGGAGAGUGAGGGAGUGGCCACGACAGCGUCGCCGUCUCUUCCCGCGGCAGCGUGCGUUCAGUGGUACAGCUUUAGUGGAACGACGCUUGUUUCUGCCCAACUUGGCGAUCUCGCGUCGGUGGAGGUCAUCGCAGACGGGUUUGUUGAGGUGCAGGCCCCUAAGCGUCUGACGGAAAAUAGGACCGACACUGUGGUGCUGCGCUCUAGGGAGCACGAGACACUGACCGCGGUCACGUGGUUGUUUAACACUGACACAAUGCCAUGUUUUCGGCAAGUUUUCUUGGGGGGACGGACGGUCCCUAGCUCCGUCACCUCGACGGCAGCGUACUCUCCGACACAACUUAGACGAACUACGGUUUCCUCUCUCCCCUCACUCACGAAAGCGUCAAAACGUUCUGGAGUGAGUGGGAAACGUAAUAGUGCUGCGACUGCGGCGGGAACCGGGGCCGCCGUCGUUGCGGGAGGAACGGCAGCGGAGGAAGAAGGAGGCCAUACAAGGAUUGUGGUGGAGACGAGUGAAAACGGCGUGGACUACGUUCCCAUUGCGGAGCGGGAGUUUACCCAACUUGUCAAUUCACUUUCGUGGGCGGUGCAGGUCAACUCGGCCUACUGGCGAAUUCGAUUUAAGGGGCUCCGGGAGACGGAAGAGUUGGAGUUGUGGCAGGUAACGUGGUAUCGAGAGAUCGGCGUCAACGCCGUGUGGGUCGAACCAGAGCCGUGCAUGUUCAGUCAGUCGAUGUACAACACAUGGCAGGAUGCCGCUUUUAGCAAUGAAGGCGAGUUCUGUCGAAUUUGUCGCGAGGGUUUUGAUCAGGCAAGAAGCGUUGCAAGUGGUCUUCGUACAGCAACUGAUAUUGACCGCCACGGUCGUGUGGCGAAAAGUGUCGUUCGCCUGAGAGGAGAGUUUAUGAAAUUUGUGGCCAAUAUUUCAAAGGAGGCUGGAAAAGAUAAGGAACUGCCGCAAGACAAAUUCAUCUCUAUUGGUCGGCCAUUGGGCAAUGACAUUAUGUAUCUGCUUUACAAGUCCGCAAAAAAGUAUAAUUGCAAUGUGGAUGAAUUAAAUCAAUUGGUGUCGCAUCCACUUUUACUGGCACGUGACACCGUGCGAUCGGCUGACAACAUGUCGUGGUUUUAUCCAAAGUACGAUCAGGUGGGCACGUUGGUGGAAAGUUUCUACGGGUUUCACCACGUGCGUGCCUCGCUUAGUGUCCUGUGGAGCAUGUCCCUGCAGGUGCAGAGGAACAUGGAUUUUCUGUUGGACUCUUCUCUGCCUCCGUUAAGUCCGCAUCUGGCCUCUGUUAUUAUUACAGUGCAUAUUGGGCGAAACAACUGGAUUGCGGCGGAACAUUUUCCACAACUUCCACUUCUUUACAACGCCGGAUUUACCGAACGGCCAAUGGUGAUGGUGUUUACCCUUAAUCAGGUGACCUUCAAUUCCCGAUAUAAACUGACGAUACCCGGCGCAGACCCAUUUCCUGCUUUGUUUCCAUUUAAAAUCCUUCCCGGUGUGAACUUUAUUCAACGCAUUCCCCUUACGGUCUGUCCAUCUCCUCUGUUUGACUGCCUUCAACUGAUUUAUUCGAAGGAAUUCCUUUCGAAAUAUGAAACCGAGGUGGUAUUUACGUCACCUUCAAUGCAGAGCAAAACGGGCCUGGUGUGUUUCACGUUGCCUGGGGAGGGUAUUAACCUCGCCAUACCCGGCCUGACGAUUGGGAGCUUUGAGUUUGAGGUUCAGCUCGUAGCGGAGGGCGAUAUCGAUGACGAGCGCGGGGCCUUGCCGGCGAUGGGGCAAGGAGGAUGUGGUGUGGGGGAGCGGCCUCAGCGAGUGACGUUCGUGACCCACAACACUUUUUUUAAGGGGGCUGUUGAGGAUCCACCGUUAAAGCUAAGUCUUAUAGGGAGAUUUGAACAGCUGGAGGACCGAAUAUCGCUACACGGGACAUCUCCCAGCGCUCAUUUGCCCGUGCGUUGCCGUUUUCCAGAUGCCUUUCUCUCCAACCUGAAUGUUUACUUUGAUCUCGUGGCUGGAGAAGCCCCACAGUCGUUUGUGGAGCCGUCCUUUACGUUAGCGGGAACCCUAACCGCCCCCAAGUGUGGCAGCUACGCUUGUCGCUUUCUACAGGCACGCCUGGAUCGUGCAUACGAGUCACUUUCACUACAGGUGGUGAAUCUGCAGCUGGCAAGGUUAAUCCAACUUGGAGAUUACAUGGUUAACGCUUCGUCGGAAAUGAAGAACAUAGAAUGGCUGCAUGCGGUUCCUAUCGUUUGUUCAUUGAAUCUAAACAUGCGUUGCCCCGAAGUGAAAGCAUUUGGAAGUGGGACAAUUGAGUUUGUAGGGUUUCGAGGAGAUGCAUACGCGACUAUUUCAGCGGAGUGUGUUGGAAUCACGGCAACAUUUCCCAACCUGCGUAUUGGGAGUAUUCUUUUAGAAGGGAAAUCCGACAAGGAGUGCGUCGUGCUGCACAUUGCCACGCCUGCUGGCGCUCCUGCCGUCAUUCGGUUAGAUGGGUACAGUGUCCUCCUUGCACCCCACCCCUGCCCGAUAAAGGUUGAGAUAUCCCAAGCAGGGGUGAUGUGCGUUUCCACCGGUGUCUUGUACGAAUUGUGCCUUGAGGAAGAGGCACUUUUUCCGUCUGGAGCAUACGCACAGGUGACAAUCGCACAGAGCGUCAUCGCCGAGUGCCUUAGUGAACUGCUGCAGGAGACACCUAUGAUUGCCGCCAUCCUGGCCAAGGACAUUCCCUUUUCCCUGGAGGUGGAGGAGGCAGUUGGAGGGGAGUGUUUCUUGGACCGCAAACUUUUGUUCCUCACGGUGCGUGGUGUGUUGUUUGGAUGCCGAUUUGAUGUGACAACCUCCGUGGUGUCGCCGGACAACUCGCUGGAAGAGGCACGCCGAAUUUGCCAACAACUUCUUCCCUGCAUCGUGGAGCAGUGUGACGAAUCUCUCUGGGCGUCGUACGAGGUGCUGUCCGGUUUCUUGUCGCCGCUGGAGCCAAAAGGGGGGGCGAAUGUCGCCGUCGAAGCAAAGGAAGAGGAGGGAGCGGCGGAUGAAAAUGGCAAGAGGGAAGCUGAGGCUGCCUCGUUGGUCUCUGGCGUGCAUCCUGCGCUAGCAAGGCAUUCCAUCACGGCGGUAAACGGGCAGUUUAUUAAAUACUGGACGGCGUGCGAGUGCGAGGCGCUGGAUAGGGACAUCCAGGCCGACUUCGAUGCGGGGGCCUGCGCGGAGCCCCAAGGGAGCUUGGGGGAAACUCCUACGGGGGCAAGAAGUUGA